CUGGGACACCAAGCAAGAUGGCGACCCUGGACGAUGCUAUUUGUAAUGUGCAACAACUUCAAACCAUUUCCCUUCCCGACGAACAGCCACAAAUAGAAGCACCUCCGGCUUCUGUCACUUACAUUUCCAACUUUGAUACCAACUUCGAGGACAGCAAAGCGUUCAUCACAUGUAUCAGCAAGUAUCUGGAAGAGGCGGAUGUACACAAAGGCUUGGUAGGUGUGACUUAUCAUGAUUAGUUGCGCAGACCUUCAUAAGGAAAUAAAUAAUUUAGCCUCCAGUAGCGCUUGAUUCGACAGAAUCUUGCAGUAUCAACGUUUGCCGAGUAUAAUCUCUCUGGAGGGAUAUAGUCGGUAAAUUCUGAGCUCUCGGUCGAUUUUUCAGCACUGGUAAUCACGAUCACUUUAUUUGCUGAGAGUGUGAGUAUAUGUUGAACGAAAUUUUAGGAAGCUUUUUAAAAAAUGCCUAACUACUUGUGAUCAUGCCCAUCAGAAACACUCUGUCUUCUCUUUCAUGAAAGAAAACGAUAUAAAGUUAUCAUCAAACUCGUGCUGUUAUCUUCUCAUGCAUACAUGCACAACUUCGAUAGUUUCACAUCAGCCAUGGAUGAUAACUUUGAAAUAUUUGAUUGUUUUGAACCGAACAGAGUUGCUGAUCCUUGUGAUCUAGAUUACCCUUUUUCUUACAAUCUUAUGGAAAGGCAAUAGAAAUAAGAUUACUGAACGGUUACAUUCGUGAUACGCUGUGUAUGUUUUUAUUCGGUUGAUCAGGGUUCUAACAUACGUACAAUCGAUUAAGUCAAUGAUCGAUGACAAUCGAUGGCACAGUCGAAACUCGAUUAUCCGGAAAUCGAUUAACCGGACUUUUCAAUUAUCUGGACUUUUUCUCUGGUCCCGUUUUUUUCAUGAAUGUUAAUGACCUUAGAUGUUAAAAACUUAAGGAGGUAAAAAAAUUCAGAAAUUAUGUUAAAAGUCAGGACAAUUGCGUUUAAAACAGUGCAUUACACGCUCCGCUUUCGAAAGAUCAAGUGCUCGAAGACAAAAAGAGACAAGAAGUAUUCUAAUGCAUUCAGCUGAAUUUUGAUUUGUUCAGUAUUGUUUUGUUGCUAAGCUGAGCGUGGGUUAUGUAAACACACGAGACGAUCAUAACUCAAAAAGACAACAUGUCCACGAAGCAAAAACGAUCUGUUGAAGCAAACUUUUAGAAUUAAAAAUGUGUUAUCUUUAUUUCUUUUGUUUACAUUGUCUCAUUAAUAUUCAUAUUUUCGAUUAUCCGGACUCUCGAUUAUCCGGACUAUUUACCCUAGUCUCACCGAGUCCGGAUAAUCGAGGUUCAACUGUAGUCAGUGUCAGUGUAAUCAGUUGAUAUUGGUAAUCCAUGGGCAAUAGGUUGCAAAAUUUUUUGUGUUUACUGAUUGUCAUUAAGAUAUAUUCAAUCUGCAUAGUUUUUCUGAUCAUUGAUUUCCACAUAUUGUUCAGUUCUGUGGUCUCCCUAUACUAAAAUAAAUACUGAUAAGCUGGAAAGGGUACAGAGAAGAGCAACUAAAUUUAUCUUAAAGAUUUAUGAUCCCUAUGACAUUUAAAACCUCAUGUCUCUGGAGAAGGGAAGAUUACUGACUGAUGUGACAUUCUUAUAUAAAGUAAAUGCUGGCAACAUAAAUAUUGACGUCAGUAAAAUUUUAGAUUUCCACUCUGAAGCAGACUGCUUUUCACUUAGGUCUAAGGACUUUUUAACUUUAAAGAAGAAAUAUGCCAGAACUAAUGUCUUGAAGUAUAGUUUUUUCCAUCGAAUAAUUGACAUGUGGAAUCAAUUACCUUUCGAUAUUCAUUAUUCUGAUAAUGUAAAUAUUUUUCAGUCUAGAGUUAAGAAAUUUAUUAGUGAUUCUUAAAUAUUUUUUCUUUUCAUAAAUGCAUUUCUUGAAUUUAUUAUCUUCAGUGUAUUUAUAUUAGUCCAUAAGUGAUCUGUUUUUACUCUGUUAAUGUAAAUAUUUUUAAGUCAAGAGUUAAGAAAUUUAUUAGUGAUUCUUAUUAGUAUUUUUCCUUUUCAUAAAUACAUUUCUUGAAUUUAUUAUCCUUAGUGUAUUUAUAUUAGUUCAUAGGUGAUCUGUUUUUAUUUGGGGUUUCGAACUCCUUUGUAGAUUAUCCUUUGGCCUUUUUGACCAUAGACUGUAAUAAAUAAAGAAUAAAAAAAUAGAAGGCCUGGGUUUGAUAAAUUGAAAGUAUGAUAUUGGAGUUUUACUAACUCAAACCCCAGUGGCGUCUGUAAGAUAUUUUGGUCCAGAAUGUGAUUGCUUACUUGAGGUACCCGGACAGUUUGAGCAGAGGAGAAUUCUGUCGGUUAAAGUAAUGCAUGGUGAAAAGACCAAAAUCAACUGCUCCUUAACUGUUUAAAACCAAAGAGUGACUAGCAUCUAAUUUCUCCUUACAAUAUCAUCACUGAAUUAUACAUUAAGGUCAUGAGAAUAAAAGAAAUGAUCACCAACUAAAGAAACUCUUGAUUGUUAAACAAAUUCUCCUUUCCAGCACCUUACUAAAUGUACAGAGAACAGUAUGGAGAAUAUUAAUACUGAUGUUAGGAUGUAAAGGGUUAAUUUGUGUCGAUAAAUGUAAAGGGAGCAAUUCAUGGGUAUACAGUGUAUGGUUUGAAUAACUGAUGGUGGUAGUUACUGAUUUUCUUUUUUGCACAAAAUCUUUGAAUCAUUUUAGUAAUACCCUUCGUGUUAUAUCCUUUAAUUUUUCAAGGCAUUUUCUAUGUGUACAUCUAACUGAAUUAUUUUAUCAAAAUUCUUUUUUAAAUUUAUAUUUUUUCUAUGAAAAGGAGGUAAAUUGAUCAUUUGAUGUGGAAGGCUUGUUUACCUAUAAACUUUAUUCACUUUUGACAGAAUGAAAUGCUUGAAGAGGGUGCACAGUAUGCUGUGAUGUUGUACACUUGGAGGAGUUGUUCACGAGCUGUUCCUUCUGUAAGAUGUUUCUAUUGAGUCUUUCAUAGUAGGUUACCUUGAGCUGUUACAAUGUUGCAAUAUUCUUUGGUCUCUAGGUUAAAAGUGAUGACCAACCAAACAGAAUUGAAAUUUAUGAGAAGACAGUUGAAGUUCUAGAACCUGAGAUACGCAAACUUAAGGGCUUCAUGCACUUUGCUAAAGAUGCCGUUGCUAGAUUCUGCAAGGAGGUGAAGACCCUGAGUCACCCAGAGAGGAGGAAGGAUUUUAUAUCUGAGAGAUAUCUGUUGACCCUUGGAAAAUUUGUCAACAUGUUUGCAGUCCUGGAUGCCUUGAAGAAUAUGAAGGCAUGUCUGAACAAUGACUAUGCAUUUUUUAAAAGGUCAGUAUCGCAAAAUGCUAAUUAUAAUACAAGUGUGAAUGUAUAAUUUUUCCUUAAUUUUUUAUAGGGAGAACAGCUACUCAAGAUUUUGAGCCACUAGCAGAGAUUUUCACCCUUUCCAAAUAAUGUGUUGCUACCAUGACUGUCAUCAUUUUCAACAUGAUGUUAUGAUAACAAUUAUAAUUAGUAUUAUCACUAACAUUGUUAUAACUAUCACUAUUAUUACUAUUAUCUUUAGUAAUAAUAGUAUUAUCUUUAGGCACCAAAAGUCAGUCUAGAAUCUUUGAUUUUGUAUUUUCCUUAUAAACUUCAAUGGUACAGAAAACAGAUGAAACAAUAACAGAAAAAAAAAGAAGAAGAGAAAGCAGAAAAAAAAUGCUACAAACAUGGUCAUCAUGUUGUUUUUGAUGUUCCUUCUACCUUUCUAGAGCUGACACCUUCCUACGUCGAGGAACUGGUGAUGUAUCAAUGAUUGAAGAAUCACAGAAUCUUUCACUGUUUUUGGCUAAUCAACACAAGAUCACACACAUGCUUAAAGAUGACCUGGUGAAAAUUCCAGGAUAUGAAGAUGUUUUGGCUGAUGUGUUGAACCUAUGUGUCAAACUGUACGAAGGCCACAUGUACAUAACACCAAAUGAUAAAUAUGUUCUUUUAAAGGUAAUUUUACCCCUAAAAACGGUGAGAAGCAUCUAAUUUCUCCUUACAAUAUCACUCCUGAAUCAAAUAUCAAGGUUAUGAGAAUAAAGGAACAGAUCACCAUCUAAAGAAGCUCUUGAUUGUCAAACACAUUCUCCUUAUCAGCACCUUAGGAAAUGUAUACAGAAUGGUAUGGAGACUAUGCAUGCUGAUGUUCAGGUGUAGAGGGUUAAUGAUAGCAUGUUCACUGUUCAUGGUCUGGGGUGAUCAAUUGUCUUGUUUUCUUGAGCGAUUCUAAAGAAAGUAUCAUGAAACCAAAGCUAACUCACCAAGCAGUGACCAAGACAUGCUUUCUCAUUACAAUAACAUUACAAUAUCAUGAAAACAAGUGAUGAGGAUAUAAAAAGUUAUCAAUUAGGGGAUUAUCAUUUGAUCCAAUACUUAAUCCCCAGAACUGAUGUUGUAAGCAAUGUGUGGCAGACAGUAAAGAAGAAUUACAGAACAGAUCUUGGGAGUGAAAGGGUUAACUACUUGCAAAAGCAUCUAGAACCACAGAAAUUCUCAAUUUGAGCUUAGCUUAAUGAAAAGUCAUGUUAAAAACAAGCAAAGUUCCUCAGCAUGGGAAAAUGUAAGCGAUGAAGAUUAUGUUUUUUUUUUGGAAGGAAAGUGACCCCAGUUUAAUCAUGGGUUCCUUAACACCCAAUAAUGAAAAGUGCUUUAUCAUAGAAUAAGAAUUCUAAGGUAAAAAUUCCAAGUUAAUCAACAGUUCCAAACAAGUUAAUGACUAGGAGAGUUGUGGAAUUUUUUUGCCUUCUACUUUAUAGGUUAUGGGAUUUAUGAUUUUUCUGAUGGAUGUUAAGGAUGGUAAGGAAGUUAAGGACAAUACUAGUGUGCUAAAGAUGGAUCAGAAGAAAAGGAUCAGCAUCAGUAAGAUCGACAAGAUCUUUAAGGUGAACAGAAUCUCAUAAAUAAUAUAACUUAGCUGGAACCCAAUGGUAACUGUUCAUAGUCUAAUCUGAUUUAUUGGGUGUGGGUAAUUUUCAUGGAACUAUGGUAGGGUGGUCACUGAAGCUCCAGCUGCCAGCAAAACUAUUUGGGAAUGGAUAGAACGAGGCCAUAAUACAAAAAACUGAUCUUAUCUUUACUAAAAAAUACAGUGUUCAAGUAUAUCUUGCAGAAAAAAGCAAUCUUCCUAUUUACACUUCUAUGAUUUUUAAUGAUCUAUUAAUGUUUUAUUUGCAUAUAAAACAUGAAUAAAGGAGGUAAGUUUCUAAUGAAAUUGUCAGUGAUGCUGCUUUGUUGGGGGUUAUUCUGAGAUAAUUUAAUUUUGUUAACUGAUUUGAUAAUGUAAAUUGGCCACCAUAGAGAGUUUCUAAAGCUGACUUUUUGAUGUUAACCCUUUGUCAUAGUGAAGUAGGUGAAGAAAGUGAUUAGCAAAUGAUUGCUAAAUUUUUUUCCUUCCUUGCCAUAGCAAUUUCCAGUGGUACCUCUGUUUGGAGAUGUCCAAGUUGCUCUUGUGACCUACUUGAAAAUGUGCCCAAACUUUGACACAAUGAGAGAGAAAUGGACUUCAGCUGCAGAAGGUGCUGAUGAAAAAGUUGUUGGACAGUACAAUCUCCUUGGAAAUAUGGACAGCAUCAGGGAGGAGCAUGUGAAGUUUAUCAGUGAACUUGCUCGCUAUAAUAAUGAAGUAUGUAUUUAUGAUGAAUUUAAUUUCUUACCAUAGUUUGAUUUUGGAUCACAGUAUUAUCAGGGUUUUGAGUCAGGUUUUGUAAUGUAAUGACCAACCUCCCUCUCCCAACCCUUUUCUUUACAUCCCUUAUAUUCAAGGUGACUGCUGGGUGAUAUGCUAUCGUACAAAUAAUCCAGGGAAUGGAUUCUUGAUUGAAAAAUCCAGGGAAUGGAUUCUGGAUUGAAAAAUCCAGGUUUAGUGUGUGGAUAGGUACAUUGUUUUAUUUUUUGAAUGAGACAAUGUUGUUCUUAUUUAGGAAGAGUAGUUUUUUCAAAGUUAAUUUGCGUCACUGGGAGACAGUCCUGUUUUUGUUUACUUCUUCUUUUUAACUAAAAAGCAACCCCAGUGCUUAUCACCAGGCUUGUUAUAGAGCAUAUUGAUAACUGCUUUGCAGUCAUUUUAAGUAAUACCAUGAGGCACCACUUUGCUUUAUUUUUGUGCAGCACAUUGUUUGUACUAUUUGUUGAUGCCAAGAGGGGUUAUAUUUGCAAGCUGAGACUUCAGCCCAGCCUUCAAAUUUUGGGAUACCUUUAACUUCUUGCUACCUUCAACUUAGGCUAUAUGUGCCUCAUGACAGGUUAUCAGCUGUGAGAAUGUUGUAUAAUUGAGGCUCUGGGUGAUAUUCAGCAAUAUGAUGUUGAAGAUCUUCUUCUAACCUUGUCAAUUAACAAUUACUGCAGAUGAUCACCUCUAGCGCUAAUCCAAGAAGUGAUGCACAGUGCAAGGAGCUGACAAAUCUGGCUCUCAGAGGAUUAAGGUUACUGUCCUCAUGGACUGCCCAAGUGAUGGAACUGGUAGGCUCAUACAUGUGCAUGUGUCAUAGAUGUAACCCUUAAACUUCCCAGAUCUAACUUGAGAUUCUCCUUUCCAGCUACUACACUUUCUAUUGUAACCUACUGUAGAGAUUUUGUACUAUGUCUAGAUAAAACCCUGGCUCUCAUUGAUAAGUUUUUCUAUUUACAUCACCUGUCUGUGGGACAAAUUGUCUUUUUAUGAUAAAAUAAUUUUUAGUUAUGUUUGGUAAUAUUCUUCUGAAAAUCAUGGCCCCAUUUCCUUGUCUCCUGCAGGAUAAGCCUGGAGAUGUUUGGUGAAUAUCCAAUCCUUUUUAUUUUUAUGGACCAAAAUGUUAUUUCUUGUGACAAUUCUAUGACUCAAGGUUGCCAAAUGGUGACUAUGAAAUUAGUUGAGCUUUGAGCACUGGAUAUAGAAAUGAAAGGGAUAAAUUAGAUAAGAGCAAAUCUGUCAAUAAAUGGAUCCAUUAAGGGGCAUUAUUGAAGGCUAUUGUUACUUAGUUACCCCAUGAAAUGAUUCUCAGUAUCUUUCCUUUGAAUGGAGGGGAUUUUAAAUGAACUCAAGUUGAAAGUCAAUGGUGUGUAAUUUAUCGGAAUAAUUAUUUUGGUUUUUGCACAGUACUCUUGGAAACUUCUACAUCCUACAGACAGAUAUGGCAAUCCUCAAUGUCCUGAUAAUGCUGAAGAAUACGAAAGAGUGAGUAAAACUAUUAAUGAUCAGUUAAAUUUGGUUUUCCUGUUUUUAAAGUGCUUGUAAAACAUUUUUUGAUCUCUGAGAAAAGGAAAAGAGGACUUUCAUGUUUAUCUUUAGACAAGGGGUCUCCCACUGGUUAAUGAGUUCCUUUUUAUAUUUCUCCUUCUUGUUGCUGAUAAAUAUGGCGAGUUAUAUUUGUGGCAAGUAAAUUGCAUGGAAAUAUCUUUAGUAUUAGUUUUAACCCUAUUAAAUGAUUCCUAACACAACUUUUUCUUUGUAUUACUUUUAGGCUACAAGGUACAACUACAACAGCGAAGAAAAGUUUUCACUUGUUGAGGUAAACGCCUUUGCGAAACAUGAUUUAAAAGUUACGUUAAAAUUCUGAAAGAAGGAAAAGUAGAAAAAUUGAAUUGGCUUAAAGAGUAGAAUUUUGAUGGAGAAGAGAGAGAGAGAGAGGAAAUGAAAAAUUUGGAACUUAACAAAUACUUUUCUGCUAUUCUGUCAGGUGAUUGCCAUGAUCAAAGGUCUUUAUGGUCAGAUAGUGCGACUUGAACCAAUGUUUUCAGAAGUGAUCAAACACUCCGUACACACAGAAGUGCAGCAGUUUAUUCAGGUGAACCUGCGAGAGCCACUGAGAAAAGCUGUCAAGAGCAAAAAGGCUACUCUUCUGAAAACGUGAGUGUAGAUGUUGAGGACAAUUUAUGGUUGUUGUAUUUUUGUUUCAAACUGUUCUUUGCAUUUGUUUCCAACUCAUUCUCGUCAAUUUAGUUGCGAAUGAAAGAGUUUUAUUGAAAUAAUCGUUAAAUUCUUACAACUUGCAAAACGGUGACAUUGAAAAAUUGAUGCUUCCUUAGCAGAUGUUACAAAAACAAAAACCAAAUUCUCGUGUAGCAGAUGUAUGUAUUUCAAUGUAUUGUUAGUCUCUCUUUUUAGUUAAAUGUCACAUGUCACCCAGCAACAUACAUUUUGUGUUUUCACUUCAGAAUUCUGUUGUCCAUUCGGGAGACCGGGGGAGACUGGGCCGAUGGGCAGCAUGGAAGAGGGGACCCUAUUCUGAAGGGAGAAAAGGACCCUAAAGCAGGGCCCAAUAUUAAGAUACCAGAAAGGGGCGUGGGACCCUCUAGUACACAGGUAACAAUGUGCACUUUUUGAACAGCGUAAGGGCUCCAGUAAUGUAAGAGAUUAAAUUAACGAGCAGGCUAAAAUGAAAACUCGACCACGUAUACAGUUCAACUUGGUUUUCCGUUUAGAUCUGUUUAAAGCUGACUUGGUGGGAAGCACACAGGCAUAGGUUGCCCUUAUUUCUCUUUAUUUUGUGGUAUAGAUGAUUUGUCUUCAUUUUAACGAGUAGAGCGACAAAGUGGUGAGCUUAUACACCAAAAUAAACGGCAGUCUGUAAAAUUUAACUCUGAAUUGGCUCACUUUGCUCAUAAUUUUUAACGUGCUUUUUGACUAAAUGUCACCAAACCAAAACCAAAGUAAUCACUAAAGCAAUCAGAAAAAAGGAAAAUAUUGCGGGAGUCAACGAGAACUCGAAGUUAAAAUGAGAAACUGCCUUAAGCGCGGGAAAACGCGAGUGACCAAGUCGUGAUUGGUUUUAGAUUUGAACCUGACUGGUUGAGAGGGCCGCAGCGCGACUUUUCUUUACGUAACAAAAUAAGCCAAAAACAAAGCACUCCUAGAUUCCUUUCGGAAAAUUGCUCUAAUUCUCCAAGCUUUACCUGUCUUUUGAGAUUUUUUUGGUGACAUUAUAGCAAUUGUUUUUCCUUUUAAUAGUUGUACAUGGUCCGCACCAUGCUGGAAUCCUUAAUUUCUGAGAAAGGAGGCAAAAAGGUCAUGCGCAAAGAACUGGAGAAAGAAUCAGUGGAGCAGAUUGAAGAGUUCUUGAAGAAGUCUUUCUUCUUUGAACAAAUGCUUCGUUUUAAUGAAGUUUUGAGGGAGUGCUGUGACCUUUCUCAACUGUGGUUUAGAGAAUUUUAUCUGGAGUUGACAAUGGGUGCCAGAAUUCAGGUUAGAACUGCUAAAAAACGACUUACCGGCAUUAACCCAUAAACUCGCAUUAGUGAUCAAGAUAGAAUCUUUCCUUACAAUAUAACUACAGUAUAAUGUAGACAAGUGAUGUGAAUAAAGAAAAAUAUCAAUUUGGGGAUCAUUAAAUGAUCCAAUACCAAACUCUCCGAACUAACAUCAUACGAAUUGUAUGGCAGACAGUAAGGAGAUCCACUAAAAUGAGAUCAUAGCAGUGAAAGGGUUGAGGAAAGUGUAAGACUUUUCACAGGACCUUCUCGGUCCGAUGCCCUGUCUUCCGAGUUACACAUGACUCGGUGGCGUGCAUUAACUGUUACUAAAGGGAAGCAGCGCGUGGUCCUACUGUGGCCACAGACUGGAUUUGUUUUGUUGGUUGUCCUGGGUUCGACUACUGCAUCACGCUUGCCCACAGCCUGCGAGAUUUUUUUCCGCCUGUCGGAGUUCACCCCAGCUUUGAUUGAACUUGACCCAUACACAAGCUGCAGUAGUUGUAGCAAAGUGCAUGCACUAUAACCAUGUGUUUUUAUGAUUGCCUUUUCUCCUCAAAUAACAGUAAGCUCUAAGGAUUUAAAAUAUUGGUUACGAGCGUGGAGCAAAGGAAAUUUCUGAGUUUCCCCUUUUCCUUUCCUCUUUUCUUUCUUUCCCUUGUUGCUGUUGUUUUUUAACCUGCUGAUUUUUGGUUUUUUGUUCGUAGUUUCCAAUUGAGAUGUCGAUGCCGUGGAUCUUGACAAAUCACAUUCUAGAGAGCAAAAAUCCAAGCAUGAUGGAGUGAGUAUUUGUAUCAAACAUGGAGAUGAGGUAUUUUUUAAUACCGGCGUGUUAUUGUUGCAGUUUUGUCUCACCAGGCGGUUUGUUUUUGUGUUUAAUUUUAUUGACCAAAGUAUGAUGGCAGAAACAACAUAUGUUAGAAUCCCUAUCGACUAAUGAUAUCUAUCAUUUAAAGGAUCUCCUUAAGUGCGAAUUAAACCUUUAGGAAAUCUGAAAACUAACUCAGCAAUCAGACACACAAAACUAACUUCUAGUUGAAAAGGGGUAGUAGUUAGGGCGUUUUUGCCGCUCAUGUUGUGAAACAAUUGAGUGACCCGAAUUCCACCGAAUUUCCCAUAUUUUGCGAAAAAUGCUAGUUAAAAAUAAUUCGUGGUCAGAGCAUGUCAAAACUUAGAGGCAGUUUCUAAGAACUAGUUAAUAUGAAUACCAAGGAUUUGUAAAAUUAACGCAAAGGAAGUUGUUAAAAACUGACCUCUUUGCUAUUCCGUGGUGUAGGUAUGUGUUGUACCCGCUGGAUCUUUAUAACGACAGCGCUCAUUACGCCAUGACUGUAUUUAAAAAGCAGUAUCUGUACGAUGAAAUUGAGGCAGAGGUGAGCGACGAAGAAAUGUUUUGAAUUUUCAUCUUGAGAGUUGUACGCCUUUUUUGUUCAGUCAGGGAUACUUUUCGUUGGAUUUUUUAUUCAUAUCCUUCGCUCUUCCGACAGGUGAACCUGUGCUUUGACCAGUUUGUGUACAAACUAAGCGAUCAGAUAUUUUCCUACUACAAGGCACAGGCCUGCAGGUAACUGCUGUGUGGUAAUUCUUGUCAGGAUGCAAAUCCUACCCGCAAGAUUAUGCACCCGGUCAAGCAGAGUUUUAAGAAAAUUUUCCACGUUAGGAUAGAUUCACAAUAUCGCAAUAAAGGAAAUAAAUGGAUGCCGGUUUGGAAAAUUAGGUCUUAGAUCUUGAGAGCGAUGGGGUUAACAUCCGGCGUGACAAGUUUUUUUCUUGGGGGUGGGGAACGGGGAGAAUAGGCGUGGGACAGGUUAAAAGUAUCUGCUCCCCUCCCCCUUCCCUUCAUUAUUCAACGAAGUAAAGGUAAACAUCUACCACUUUCGCCAAAACUGAGUUGAAUAUACAAGAAUACUAAAAAAUGAUAAUUUUUUUUUUCAAUAUACCGAAAAAUGGUCAGUAAUUAGGGUCUCGACGCACGAUUUUGUCUCGUCGGCUGCUCACUUCCCAAGUAGCCAAUCAGCGCCUGCGAAAAACACCAUUUACUUGUGUGGUACAUAAUAAAGAGUUACAUGUAUAUUUACAUUGUGAGGAGAAAUUCUGUCCUGGUCACUCAUGGAAGAGUUCAAUCGUGCUUUGUUGUUGUUUCUGUAGUAUGUUACUGGACAAGAAGUUCAAAUCGGAGCUGGUCCGUUUGAAUGCUGAGGCAGCUGCGAAACUGGGGACCCGAUCCAACAGAUAUGAGACUCUUCUUAGACAGAGGCAUGUGCAGGUAAGUAUGGAAUUUUCUUGACUGGGAAAAAUCGUAUCGGUGCAGGAAAAGAAUUACGAAAAUUGAAACCAGAACAAGACACAGAAUAUGAUAACUUUAUUAAUAAGUAGCUUAAAAUUUCAGUCUCACCUAGAUCAUUUGCAACUUAUCCUGGGUUUGGCGUGGGGAGGGGAGGAAGGGAAAAGCCUUGUCUUAUUAUGUUAACUUCCUCAUCCUACGAGCGGAGCCAAUGCUCUCCCCACAAUCAAUGCACUGCCAAAAUUUUGAUGCUGUUCACUCUUUCUUUUCUUUUGGAAGGGGACUGGCGGGGGGAGGGGGGGUUGGGGAGAUGAUGGUGUGGUUGAAUCUGGAGGUGGUGCCAAGACGAUUGUCGGCCAUUUCAUUUAACAGCCUCCUUUUCUCUCAGCUUCUAGGCCGGUCAAUCGACCUGAACAAGCUCAUCACGCAGCGUCUGAACAACGCCAUGAUAAAGUCUUUGGACUGUGCAAUCGCGCGGUUUGAGAGUGGAGAUAUCUGUGGUGUUGUGGUAUGUUUUUUAAAACUCUUCCCUUUCUUGAUAUUGGUUUUAAGUUACAUUGAUGUUCAUAGUGAAAGAUCCACUCUUUUUUGACGUACAAAUAGUUUCUUAGUGACUCGUGUUUUGUAGGACUUGGAGAACCUUAUUGAAGUGAACCGAAUGACGCAUCAGUUGUUGUCCAAGUGCGUAAAGCUGAUUCCGUUUAAGAACAUGUUGGGUGAGGCCAACCAUUCGGUGUCUGCGCCUUAUGGAAGGAUCACCCUUCAUGUGUUCUGGGAACUCAACUUCGAUUUUCUUCCAAACUACUGCUACAACUCGUCCACGAACAGGUGAGGAAAGUUAUUGUGAAUACUCUAAUACAAAAAAAACCCUUACUCAUAUAAACGCCCACCUGUCUAGCUCUCAAUUUAGAGUUUUGAUUAUUUGUUUGAGCAAUUUUCGAUUGAGUUUCGAAAGUAACUGGGGAUGAAAUUGGUUUUUCUUCAUUUUGCUCUGUGAUUGGUCCAGAAGACUCGCGUCACCCUCUCAACCAAUCACAUGCUCACCUAACUAAAACCAGUCACGACUUGGUCUCUUGCUCCUCUUGUUCCGCUUGUUCUAUUUGUUUCGCUUUGCUGGUUACUUUCCUUUCUUCUGACUGACCAUUGUGGGUACUUUAGUUUUGUUUUUAAGACACUCAAUCCAAAAGUGCUCUAUGAACAAGUCACAUAAAUGCUAUAUUCCAUUUCUUCAGAAGUCACCGAGAGUUUUUUCAAUAAAUUACGAUACUUUAUUUUGUUUACAGAUUUGUCCCCACGUCGCUUUCUUUGGUGGAAAAGGUUUCCAGAGAACAAGCUCCAAAACAAGCACAUCAUUACUUCUUUGGCACUAAGGUAAUUUCAAAACUUUCUUCGCAAAAUGUGAUUGUACGGCUGGCCAGUGCUGCUCCUUAACAUUCAUUCGGGCUUCAUCUUCAUUAUUAACCGUGUAACUCUCAUGAGUGAUUAGACAGAGUAUCUUCUUACAAUAUCAAUAUAAUAUAGCGAAAGAUAUCAAUUAGGAGAUUGUUACUUGAUCCAAUGCCAGGUUAUCCAAACUUACACCUCGAGAGUUAUAUAGCAGGCGUUAAAGAAAAUUACUAAAGAGAUCUCGGGAGUUAAUGGGUUAAUUAUCCUGUCAUGACUGAAUUGUUAGUGCUGCUCGAAAUUAACUUCAAUUUGUGUUCUUGUGUUUGUUUAUAUAUUGUUUUCCUUGUAGCUUCAAAACUCAGUGUUCAAUGCCAUUGGAUCACUGUACAGCAACUUUGUCGGAGAUAUUCAUUUUGCUUGCAUGUCUCGCUUGCUUGGUUAUCAAGGAAUUGCUGUAGUGAUCGAGGAACUUCUUAAGAUUAUCAAGAGUGUGGUAAGCUAUUUAAGAACUAUCUUACACAAAAAUGAGUGUCAAAAAUCUUGGUACACACUGGAGUGACCUUAUUUUGAUAGAUGUGGUAACUUAAUCAGUAGUUGUCACGAUCCAUGUAAUCUCGUGCUUCUUCUGCUGACGAAUUCUGUAUUUCUCGCCUUAAACCCGAUUUCCCCUUCUCCUACUUUCCUGAUUUAGCUAAAAAAGAAAAAUCUACGUACAUCCCUGACUCGCAUGGCUGUUAGAGCCGGAACACGAUUUCUGUCAUGUAAAGCGACUAAUAAUAUGCCCCUUCCUCCUGAGCGGAUGCUUGUCCAAUUAAGAUUGUUCCCCCUCUUCCCCUAUGGCACUUCAUGAGUCUUCCGUCGAUGCCGAGUGGGUUGCUCCAAGGACACAACCCAUCGACAUGACAGGGGCUCGAACCCAGGCCUUUGAUCCGGAACACGACACGGUAAACCCGCGUUUUGCCCAUCGUAAAACACCUUUGUAACCUAAAUCAGCUGAGGGCUUGUAAACACAACUUUAGUAAUUUUAACUUUUUGAUCUGUAGCUUCAAGGUCAGCUUCAGCUGUACAUAGCACAGCUCAUCGAAGGGAUGCCAAAGAAAUGUGGCCUUCCUCGCUUUGAGUACGGAUCAACAGGUAAUAUACUUACUCUCAAAGACGGAGGGAAAUCUUGCUGGAGUCGGUAGUUAUUUGUAAUGCGCGCAUGUAUGACUAAACCUUUGGCGGCAAGUGAAAUGAGAGUUUUUGGCAAAUAUUCUAUCCCGAAAGUAAUCUGGGAUUUCAUUGGUUUUACUUUGCUCUGGGGCAACCUCAAUCAAUCAGACCCACAACCAAAGCUAUCCCCAACUUGGCCACUUGCGUAUUUUUUUGUGCACAUUAGGCCAAUUACAUCAAUUUACCCUGGGUCGACAUUUGCUCCAUAAGAUGUUAUCCUUUGUUUUGAUCGUGUGAUCGUGUGAUCGGUCGUUGUCAGUUAUUACUUUAGUUUUGGGCUUCAGACACUGAUCGUAAUAUAAAAGCCUACAUCGCAAACAACUAGUUUGAAAACAGCAUUCAGGCCUGUUAAAGACUUGUAUUAAUAGUACGGUAAUUUCAAGGUAACUCAGACCAAAAUAAAAGGCAUAGCGUUUUGCUCUACUUGUUCUUUUUUUAUAGCAUGGUUCAAUUUUUUCUCUUUCUUCCUUCAAAAGGUGUUCUGGAAUACUAUCAUGCUAGCCUGGAACCGAUCAUGCAGUACCCAUACUUGAGGACAGACGUGUUCCAGGGAUUUAGAGAGAUCGGCAAUGCCAUACUGUUCUGUGUACAACUUGAGGGCUUCCUUGUGAGUAAAGUUUACUUUAGUUCCAAGUAAUCGUUGCGGCCUUGGUAGGUCGUUGGCGAGCUAAUGCUCUUUUGAAUUUUGAGAAGUGAGAACUUCACCAAUGUAAGUAACAUAACUGGCCACAACUUGGAAACUUUGUUCCUUGUAAUUGUUCCUUAAUUUUUUUAAUUUAAUUUUUUAGUCCCAAGAAGAGAUUAUUGAUCUGUUACAUGCAGCUCCAUUCCAAGGAAUUAUCCCCAGGCCUUAUCUGAAAGGUAACUUGAUUGGUGACUAGAAUAUUGAAGCUUAUUAUGAAGUCAGACAGAGUAAACCGAGUGGUUUGGGCACUGGGACUUAUAUUCAAGUAGUGAUCUUGUCUUCGUGUCAGUUCUCUUGUCACUCGCUACAUUUUUUAAUUUUCGGUGAUCGCCUUGAAGUCAGCUCUCUGGCUGCGCUCUGUCACUUAGUGAUUAGUCUGUUACCAUUUAAGAACUGUCACUACUUAAUUUUUAUCGAGAAUAUCCUUUUUUUUCUUUUGUAUUACAGUUGAGAUUCAGUUUGGGUCUAAUGUAGACUAUCAACAGUACCUCUUUUUAAAAAAUCCCGUCUACGUCCGCCUCACCCCAUUUCCUUCUUAUAAACUCGCAACGAAAUGUAACCUCUCCCUUUAAUAUCCAUACAUUAUUCAGCAGACAGGCAAUGAGAAUACUCAAACUUAUCAGGUGGGAGUUGUUAUCUUUAUCUCACACCAAAUCUCGUAACUAGUUCACAAGGAAAUGUGUAGAAGCUGGAGGAGAGAAUAAACUUGGGUACUCACGAAUUCAAGAAAAAACAAGAGAAACAUUUAGGCAGUACAGCAGCACGAAACGGAAGCUGUUCUUUUUUACGUCUGACAGUUUUCCUUUGUUUUCUUUUUGUCAAUGGCAGAGGGUGAAAAACUCCAGGCCAAAAUGGAGAAACUCGAAAAACAGUACAACUCUUUGCAAGUGUUGUCAACCAUCACCAAGCUUGGAACCAAAGAGGUAUAUUCCCGGUCUAGUAUCUUAAGGUCUUGACGAAGCUCGUCACGCAACGCUAUUGCGCCAUUGUGUGACUUGUCACGAACUGUACCUUCAUAUUUGCGUCGUUGACUAGGGAUGGCUGUUCUCUUUGCAGCAAAUAGUCAACGCUAAAGAAGGCGACGUGUUGACGAAAGAAAGACUUUGCUGUGGACUUUCCAUCUUUGAGGUGGUGUUGAAAAGGAUAAAAAAGUUCCUGGUUCAUGAAAUAUGGCAAGAGAUACCACCAUCCAAUGGAGUGAUGAACAUUGACGAGUGUAGAGAGUUUCACCGCCUGUGGAGUGCCAUCCAGUUCAACUACUGCCAGCCGCUGCGGCAAAAUGAACUCACUGUCGAGUAAGUGUUACUUUGUAUUUACAACACUUUCUAUUUGACUCUCUCUCUGUUUGAUAAAAAGCAAUAUACUGUUAAUGGUGACUUCAUUUUUGUGUCUAUCCUCCAAUAGAUCAUCAGCAAUAACCAACCAAAAGACGUGUAUAAUUCAGCUUAUUAUUUAAAGUCUAGUAUUUUGAAUGGUUUGCUUUACGUCAAUUUUUGAUUGGUCUAGAAUACCCCUGCCAGCCUCUCAACCAAUGAAAUGCAAAACUGAAACCAAUCGCGAUUUGGUUACACGCUUUCUUCUAAAGCUCGACUUUGGCUAUUGAUAAAUCUCAUUGCCACUGACAAACCACGGCAAUAUUUCAAACCCUAUCAGCAAUUUGAAGUUGCUAAUAAGAUCAGUCCAUCUGUUCUUAAGCUCACGUUAUCACUCGUAUGAUACUGUGAUAUGAACUAACCUGUUAUGCAAGGCUUUCCUCAUGUUGCUCUCUUCGCUUAUUUCAGGCAGUGCUUUGGUGAAGGCCUCAACUGGGCCGGAUGUACCUUCAUUGCUCUGCUAGGACAAGAAAAUCGUUUUGAAGCGUUGGAUUUCUGUUAUCAUAUCGUCAAAGUUUACGAGGUGGAUUCGCGGGACGAAGUGAUUGGAGGCGUGGUAUGUACCCUGCGCAGAUUCAUUUGGGGCAAAAUUUCUUCAGUUCCUUUGUCAAGGGCGUGGUCGAGAGGAAAGUGCUUCAAAGAGGGUUCUUAUCAAAUUUAAUUUGUGUUUCCUCUCCCCACCCUGGACCGGUCACAUUUAAAUAGAGAGGUAAAGCGCAAAUGUUUUUGAGACGCAGACGGAAGCCUAGUGGAAAGUUUAUUAUUCCUUGUGCUCACCAUAGCUUUUUGGUCAGCACAUUUUGGUUGAAAAUGCUGAACGACGUCGUUCCAGUCGAUUUGUUAGCGUCGAAGAGGCUAGAAUUAGUUCCAUUCAUUUUACUAUUGACAUCCUAGUAUCAGAAACAGACGUGGCUAAGAAGAAUAUUAUCUUACAUUCGUUUCAGGAUCUCAAGCGGCUUGUUAGCCGAGCACGUCACUUCAAAGUACUAAACGACCAGAUAUUCGCGGUACUCAACAAGCACCUCAAGUCCUCAGACGGUCCUGUUGAACAUGUCCGCUGCUUUCAGCCGCCAAUUCAUCAGGCUUUUGUUUCACCGAUAUGAUCUGAAUUUGCUACUGGAUCCAUUUUGAAAUGUUAAGCGAUGUACAACAUUUAAUUAAUGCAGAGAUAAGGUUCAGCUACUGAGAGAGGGAUAUUUUUUCUCCUAUUUUGUAAUUGAAAGUAAGGUUUAGAAAGAAUUUUGAAUUUUCUAACCGCCCUAACUUGCGGCAAUUCGUAAUUUUUCGCGCCCGUACAUGUGGCAGGCAGUUGUCGUCUUCACGUGUGGCAUUGAUGCCUCAAAGAAAUCCUGUACUUUAGCAUAUCGGGGUAUUCCGUGUCCGUGAAGAGGUUACUUUUCAAAGGCUUUCAGUUAGAAGCUUGCGUGAGGACAAUGGGAUAGGACUAAAAAUUUGUACUAGAUCGUGCAUGUUUGUCUACUUGUAUGGUAACCACAAUUUUAAAACCUUUUCCUUUAAGAAAAGUGUCCAUUCAGUGAUGCUUGGUGUAGCGCUAUUAAAGAAGGCAAGUUUCAAAGAAUUUAGCAAUGAAGAGAAAAGAUGCCAUUUUGGUUUUUACUGUUUGGCGUUGUGGACUGCCCAUAAAAAUUAUCUAACGUUGUUAGUAAUAUUGUUGGAAUGUAAAUAAAAUUACAUAGUUUUUUUAUAUAUGCUCUUUAUAAUAAAAACGAGAGAUUAUCAUU